GUUCUAUCGAAUCUUAAAGUUAUGCAACAAUAAACUGAAACACCCUGUAUAAUAUAGUACCCAACGAAAUAAAGACAAAUUUCAAAAAAAAAAUAUUCUGACUUUUACGUUGACAUUCAACUAUCAGACCUUAAAAGCCUAUAUUUUUCCAAGCAAUGUGCAACGUAUUAGUGCAUAGCUAUUUUUUAUACAAUAUUGUUUCUUGAGUAGCAGGAAAGUUGCUCGUAGAUAAAUUUUUUAUCAUAUCCAUUUAAAUUAGGCGGAACUUUUAAUCAACCCUCAGUAAUCGAUAAAAAAAUGCGUUUGUUUUAUUACUCUUGUCUAAAUAUUUUUGACAUUAAGAGAUUUAUUUUCUGUAUUUCAAGUUUAUGCUUAAAAAUCGUUUUAUAGAUUACAAAAAAUAACAGCGAUUGAGAAAAUUUGGCUUUGACCUAGACAUAUAAGGAAACAGUAUUUAGUCACACCUCGGUCACACCAAACUGCCCGGAAAAACGUAUUGUAAUGCCCUCGUAUAGCUAGGCAACCAGAGUUACGUGACCGUUCGCGAAAAAGCUGGAAUGUUUCUCGACUUGUCGUUAGAAUAAUAAAUACCCGACCAGAUGGCGGAAGUAGUCAGUCACAGUGAAGUAGUAGAAUACAAAAAUGAAUGUACUUUGCAAAGAUUUGAUGUGUUUGGUUCUAAUAAUGGCUGUCUUUUGAUUUCCCUAAAAACUCAUUGCGUGGACCAGAGUUUUGGUUUCGUCACAGCGGUCUGAAUAGUUAUUCGGUUAAGUUAGGUAAUAGAGUUAGGUCAGAAAUAGAGUAGACCAACAAAAUGGCUUAUGUUCAAUGUUUUGUUAUGAAUAAAAGAUGAAUGUACGUAGCUGUUGACAGAUGGCAUUACCAACAAACUCGUAGGAUGCCGACCAGACGGUGCGGACGAAGCCGAGACAGUCCUCAUCAGGAUAUAUGGAAACAAGACAGAUCUGCUCAUCGAUAGAAAAGCAGAAACUAAGAAUAUACUUCUACUGAACAGGGCCGGCUUAGCGCCGGAGUUAUACGCGACUUUCAAAAACGGGCUCGCCUACCAAUACGUCCCCGGAAUCGUGCUGAAUUGGAAGAUGGCGCGACGAAGUGAUGUGUACAAGUUAGUGGCCAGGAGAAUGGCUCGAUUGCACAAAGUCUGUGUGGGGCAAGCUGAAAAGACUCAGCCUGUGAUAUGGGAUAAAUUGAGGAAAUUCCUGGAUUUGGUACCGGCUACUUUCACGGAUCCAGAAAAAAAUGCUAGGUGUAACGAACUGGUAACGCCAAAAUCGAAAAUCGAAGAGGAAGUUAAAGUAUUGAGACUGCAUCUGGAACAUAUCGAUAGUCCCACAGUAUUCGCUCAUAACGAUCUGCUGAUGGGAAAUAUUAUACUCACAGACGGUGGAAAAGAAGUAGGUUUUAUAGAUUACGAGUACGCAGCGUUCAAUUAUCAGGCGUUUGAUAUUGGAAAUCAUUUUACAGAAUAUGCAGGUUUGGAUGAUAUGGACUACGCCAGGUAUCCAGAUAAAAUGCUUCAGACGGACUGGCUGCGGACAUAUCUAACAGAAUACCUGGGUUGUGAGCCUAGCCAGGCACAGAUAGAAAGAUUGUACGUUCAAGUCAACAAGUUUUCUCUACUGUCACACGUCUUCUGGGGCGUUUGGGCGUUGAUUCAAGCGGAACAUUCCUACAUAGAUUUCGACUACAUAAAAUAUGCGUCAAUGAGGUUCGAUGAAUACUUCGCCAAGAAAGAUACAUUCCUGUCACUGAAGCUGCCCCGAUCAUGAUGACUGCAGCGACAAACUUUAAACUCUACACAUUAAACUCCAACGUCGUUGGCAACCUGGAAGUGAUACCUACUUACAGAUAUUUUAAUUUCAAUUGACUAUACGACCGCAUGUUUUACAAAAUAGUGAGUGUUCUUCUGAAAAACUAAUUUUUUUCAUUCCAUUGUGAUUUUUCUGGAAUAGUGUCUAUAUGAAUUCAUUUGUUUUUUAGUGUACGAAAAACCGUUGAAAAUGUAUAUUUAUAAUUAUUUUAUCUCAGUGUUGUAUAUACUACCCUGUAGAUACCUUCGUCAUGAUGAAAUAUAUUUUUACGUAAACAAAA